AUGACUGGUUAGGACUUGGAAAAUAAAGAAAACAUACCAAAAUCAGGGCCCGCGAUGGUGCUGGACGAGCGGCUGGGCUACGAUCCAGAAGAAUGGGAAGAGUGCGAGGAAACGGAGAAGUUCAUGGUGUUCGCGCCGUUCACGAGGCUGCUGCUCACCGCCGCCGCCAUCGCCUUCGUCUAUUACUUCUUCCGGCUUCUCGACCAGAACAAGAACAAGAGCAAGGAUGAGGUCUGGAGAUCUUCACAAGGACUUUCUUAACACGAAAAGCCAUUGAAAUCCUCCUCAAAAAAAAAUCGAGGAAUGGGGUAUAUGCUUGAAAGUUGAAAGAACUUUUUUGAACCGAUCAAUGAAAAAAAAUAUUAGGCUUUGAAAUUUUGAAAAUUAGACUUGGUACUUAUUGGCUUCGAAACUGUACUUAAUUGGAAGGACUGUUGUGAAAAAAAACCUUUCAAACGUCAAAAAUGAGAAAAAUUGCCAUUGCCCGAAGCGACCAAAACUUCAAUACCUGUUUUAUGACUAGAAUCAGAUUUGAAAUUUCAGAAAGAAGAAGAAGCGGAGCCCCAACAACGGGUCGAAAAAGUGAUCGAAGCGGCUCGCGAAUUACAGCUUCCGACGCCGAAAACUCCCGUCGACGCCGAAGAACUUCUUCGCGAAGCCGACCAUUAUCUUCGGCGUAUGUCUAUGAAUCUUUGAAAUUUUUUUUUUCCAAAAACAAAAAAUACCAAAAGUCAAACUCUACAGAAACAAGUCAAAAUGGAUCAGCUGCUGUACAAAGAGGUGCGGACGCGAUUCGAAACAACUUUCCUACCCAUGAGCUUCCGUCAGUUACUUUUUUUUAAACUUAAACCUUUCCGCUUAAUUUCAGAACACCUACUCAUGCAACUCAAGAACGUUUCGACAAAAUGCUCAGUUCAGUCGAUAAUCACCUGCAGCAGGUUCAUCGCUGGAAAUUCAUCAUUUAAAAAACUUUUUAGACAUCGGACCCUCGCUUUUCCGCUGCUAAUCAAGAAAAAGAGCUCUAUUAUCAAAACGUUCAGCAGGUAUCUUAUUUUGUUUUUUCUUAUUUUAAUUUUUAGCCCAAAAUUGAUUGUCAAAACCAUUACAGAAACCAACAGUCCCAGAACACCACAUACCUGACCAUUUCCAACAACAGCCAUACCAACAGUUACCCGCCGAUUUCGAUGUUUACGACAUUCCUGGAGUUCAAAAACAUCAACAGCAGCAGCAACAAGUACAGCCGCCAGUUCCGCCUCCACGAAAGUCGGUGCAGCAGCCGCAAUCGGACAGACGAUCACAGCAAAUCAGCGAAAAGUAAGUUCAAACAAUGGGCUUGCAAACAAAACAAAAAAAAAAUCGGAAACAGCAAUGCGCGUGAAAAAUGAUGUUUUAAUUGGUAAUGAGUGUAUGCACGGGGUGCAUAGUAAGUCACGCCCAAACUUUAAAUUUCAGUUUAUAUUUCAUAAAAUUUUUAUAUUUAUAAAGCAUGUAACUUCAUUUACUUUGGAGAUUUUUUUGACUAAAAAAAGAAUGAGAGAUAUGAUUCAGUGGUAAUGAGCGAUUUUAAAGUUGACUUUCAUUAAAAUUUCGAAAAUUUUGGUGAAAAUUCAUGCACUUUAAUUUUAAUGUCUUUCAUUCUUGUUUAAGUUUGUCAUAGCGAAUUGUGUUUUUUUCCAGAGACGAAAGAGCUUUUCUAGAGUGGGAAGCUGAGAAAGCUCGUUUAGAAGCCGAUCGUCUGAGCAAAUUGUUAGAUACUGAGGUGACCGAUCUUUUUUGGAUGGAAACUUAUGACAUAUUGUUUCAGGUCGGUGGCGAGUCUUCCACAGACCUUUCAAACUCAGCAAAAGCCUACGAGAAAUUCUCCCCAGGCUCGCACAUUUCUUACGAAAGUCGUAGUGAAGAAAAAGCGGCUCAAAUCGGGUGAGAAAAUGUUUGAAAAGUGGAAUAAUCUAUGAAAGUUGUAGGCCAACGACGCCAGUCGCUAAAAGAAACGAACUGACUGGCAAAAUCUUGAACCACAUCGAGCAGACGGCAGGACAACAGAACAAUCCGGGUACAAGCAAGUGGGUUGAAAUUAUUUAUUUAUUUAGUUUACCCGUAAUAUUUCAUCAUUUGAUAGAGUUGUCAUGUGAGGGAGGGAGCUCAAUUAUUUUUCGUGUUUAGAAAGAUUUCAGACUUGGGAAUUUCUUCUUUAGUCGUCAUUUCUUUCUUAGAACUAUUCUCAAUAGUAACUCUCGACACAUGGUGUUUCUUUUCUUGAAUUCUGCGGCUCCUGAGGUAGAAGAAAACAAAAAAGUGCAUGGUUCCUUGCGAUCCAACGAUUAUAGUGAAUAAAUAGUGCCAAGCCGUCGUGUACGGCCAGUAUAUUGUAAAGUACUGCAGGACCUGGAAAAUUAGUGCGUUUUUUCAAUUUUAACCUUUUUUAAACUAAAUUCCUGCCCCAAAUAAGACUUCUAUUAUUUCCUUUCGCAUUUUUUAAACUUCUGUACUUUCAGCUUUUCUUCGAGUUUUUCUAUGUGCCUAAAUAAAAAAAAAACUCGAUACAGCACAAAUCACGACACUGAAAACGGCUUUUUGUAA